AUGCCACCACCACGAGACCCACGUUUCCGACUGCCUUCCAAAAAAAAGCAGUCCCAAAAGUUGAAGGACAAAGCGGUCAACAGUGAUAAAGCAGCAAAGAAAAAGUCGACCAACAAAACCGUCCCGGACACCAAGAAACAAACAACCCCACUCAGCGAUGUCCGUUCUCCUCUUCCACCACCAUCCGAGCAUCCGAGUGACGACGAGAUGGACUAUGAUGGCGAUAAGGAUCGAAGUCAAGACGACCGCAUCAUUGAAGAUGAGAACGAUCUUGACAAGCGACCUUCCACCAUCGACCCCCAUGACAAGGCCAGCUGGACCACAACCAAGCUUUCACCUGGAGGAUCUGAAGAACCUUCGGCGAUAUACCAAACUCCCGGCGCUGCUAUCCCCUUUCUCGUGAUGAAGGAAUUCGAGCGCAUCCAAGAAGGUUCUCAAGUUCAGCCGCAGGCACCCAAGGAUAAGAGUGAUGAGAUCUCUACUGACGGGUUUGCCUACAGUAAUGCACUCAAGAAUCGUGUCCGUGAUAUUACAAAAGCUGCACUCCUUCGACCACACCUUGACCAAUACACACGAGGCAAAUGGAAGCCUGGAACCAGUGAUUCAUCAUUGUUCACAUUUGUCAUGCAAGAUUUGAUGGCGCUUCCUCUUGAGUUCCGGAAAACCCACUUCCCGGCGGCAAUGGAGAAGGACUGUGAAGUCAAGGAGCAGUUCUUCAAAAUGGUCCGCGAAAUGCACAGGCGCAUCCGACUGGCCAUCAGGGAGCGGCUGCUCAAGAAUAUCAUCAACUCGAAAGGCGAUCUCAUCGAAGAAGGCCCAGUUCCACUGCUCUGUGAUAUUGCUAGGGCAAUUUUUCGAUACCUUCACCCCGCCGAGGCCACCAUGACAGACGCUGAUGUAGAUAAGGCAAUUCCAGUCCUUUGGUACGGCCAAAUAGGACACCUACGAUUACAAACGGUCGAUCUAUUGGUUCAUUCACAAUUCAAGAAGGUCUCACAAUGGGCCCUGAUUGACGACAAGAUCAAUGAAGUCAAGGCACGUGGGACAGACUAUCGGGCUGCGUUUGGCAAAGCAGUCCUUGUCAAGGAUGAGGCCCUUUUUGGGCAAGGCAAAACUUUUGUCGAAAUCCUCGAGGAUGAUGAGGAGAACAUUGCGAUGCCAAAUGAAGAUGAAAUUCAAGUGCAAUUCGACAUUAUUAUCCGCAACCGCAUGGCAAGCUCUACUGGCAACACUUGA